UCGUGAUUGUGCUACUGGAAUUCAUUUAGUAUCAAAAGCGCAUUUUUCUGGAGGCUACGUACACUCUCACACGUGGUUUAGACAGAAAAACACGAAUCUGGGACAUCAGUGACGGGUUAUUACUCGCUUUUCGGCUAUUUGAAAGGAGGAAACAUUGGCACUUCCUAAGCAGAGUGACUCACUGUGCGUCAUAAAGCUGAAGAUCUGCCGUUACUCGUCCGUACAGUCAAUUCUCAUUUGAGUCAUGUCGUUUCGGAGGGCGGCCAGACUGGCGUUCGGGUUUGUCGGUGGUUCUGCGGUGCUGGUGUGCGCAGCGGUCGCGGCAGACAAGCACGGGUACUUCGGAGAGCGAUUCCGCCUCAGAGAGACCUCAAAUGCCGUGCUUGCAGCACAGCCUUCGGCAUGGCCCACUGCGAACGGAUGGGAUUAUAACUGGGACAAACGUGACCCCUCCUCCAUGGUAAAUGGGAAGAGAAAGGAGAGCGCUGGUGACAACAGUAGUACAGACACUGAGAACAACAAACCCAAAGCCACACGUCACAUCUUCCUCAUCCGACACUCUCAGUACCAUCUCAACGGGAACGGAGACAAGGAGAGGGUCCUCACUCCUUUAGGUCGUGAACAGGCUGAGCUGACGGGACAGAGAUUGGCAGCACUGGGAAUAAAGUAUGACCUGCUCAUCCACUCUUCUAUGACCAGAGCUACAGAGACAGCCAACAUCAUCAGCAAAUACCUGCCAGGGGUGGAGCUUGUGAGCUGUGAUCUGCUGCGAGAGGGUGCACCCAUAGAACCAGUACCUCCCGUCGCCCACUGGAAACCUGAGGCUGUGCAGUACCAUGAGGACGGCGCACGGAUCGAGGCAGCGUUCCGCCGCUACAUCCACCGAGCUGACGCCAAACAGAAGGAUGACAGCUACGAGAUAAUCGUCUGUCAUGCUAAUGUCAUCCGCUAUUUUGUGUGCAGGGCUCUGCAGUUUCCUCCAGAGGGCUGGCUGAGGAUGGGCCUGAACAAUGGCAGCAUCACAUGGCUGACAAUUCGGCCCAGUGGCCGAGUGGCUCUCAGAGCUCUGGGAGACUCCGGCUUCAUGCCUCCGGAUAAACUCACUCGGACUUGACAUCCUAAAUCUAAACCAUCAUGGCCUCGUUACAGACUAGACUGAAAGAUGAGUGGAACUGAUAGCUGUUAGAGGUGGAAGUUUCAGGAAAUUUCUUAUAACGUUCUCCUAAAUGCCGACUGAGUUUUAGAAAUACCUUUUAGAUUCACAAAAUUUCAGAAUCUUGAGAAUUUUUUUGGGUUAGUUCACCCAAAAGUGAAAAUUCUGUUUCUUACCCUCAUGUAACUCCAAAUAUGUACGACUUACGAUUCUUUUGUGAAAAGGAUAAAUUUUGAAGAAUGUUAAUGCUGCUCUUUUGUCCACGAAACAAAAGUGAAUGGGGACUGAGGCUGUCAGUUACAUUCAGCCUAGCAUUUCCUUAUGUGUCCCAUGGAUGAAAGUCAUACAGGUUUAGAACUUUAUGAGGGUGAGUAAAUAAUGACAAUUUAAAUUUUUAGGUGAACUUUUCCUGAAAGGGAUUUUGAAUGAGUUUGAUACCUCUGCCCACUGUCAGCGUUGCUAUUUUUAAAAAAGCAAGGAAAGAGAUAUUGAUAUGUCCUCUAUUUGACACAAACACUCCUGUGCCAUGCUUGCCAUUUGUAACCGUGAUGAAAAGGUUGUAUUAGCCAGCAAGUGUACUUUUUUAUAUGUUCAAAACGAGGUCUUUUUCCAGGAGUUCCAGUUAUGCAAACUCUGGAGGCCUUGUCGUGACAGUUGGUGUCAUAUGCACUGUUUACGUGGAAUUAUGUUUAUGAAUGUUUUAAAGGAAGCGUGUGAAUUUUUCUUCUAAAUUGUGAGAAUCUUGCAUUUGCAUGAGGUCGAUUACUACUCUGUAAAUGUUUGUAGAUUGUUGUUUGUGCACACAGAAAACUGGCAGUAAAGUUUUUUUUUCAUUGAGU